AUGCGUUCCGUCUUCUCCUUCGCAGAGGAGGACGCCAUGGAUAGGCUCAAAGCUCCGGAGCAUAGAGUGGAUCCCACUUACACGUGGGACAAUGACAGGGACGGCACCGUGUACCCAAUUUACAAAAUUCCCACAAGACCAACACUCAAAGAUCUGGAUGCUUGCUUCUUGACGUAUCAUUCUCUGCACACACCCUUUCAAGGUGCAGACGUUACAACAGAGUCUAUGUUUGAGGUGCAGCCAAGGGAGAGUGUUGAGAAGACAACGCUGCCUAUCUUUGGCCUCGCAUCAUACAAGUUGAGAGGCUCUGUAUGGACAAGUACCAAGGGCUCUGGUCACCAGCUUGUGAACUCCCUUUUCAAAGCUGCAGACAACUGGCUGAGGUUGCGUCAUGUCAACCAUCCUGAUUUCAUCUUCUUCUGCCGUUGA